AUAUACUUUUAUCACUAGAUUGUUGUAUCGAUAUUGUUGUCUGUUUCGAUGAUGAUAAAAAUAUCGAUAUUUUAAAAAUGCCUUCCAUAAUUGAAACUAAAAUCCGCGUGUCUUAUGUUAUUUACAAUAAUUCAAUGCGGUUUUUUUUAAAUAUUUUGAUUAGAAAAUGAGUGUGACAAAGUUUUUAAAAUUUAUUAAUUUAUCUAGGAUUAAUGAUUCUAAAGAUUUUCUUGGUAUUUCUCCUGGUGGUAGUAAUGGAAGUGUAAUAAUCACAUUAAGUAGAAAUAUUGUUAUUGUUGUUAAGAUAUCCACGCAACAACAGAUUUGUAGCUGGUCGACGCAAGAAAAAUUGUCUUCAAAAGUUAUCUUUGACAAUUCAAGUAACAAAUAUGUAGGAAUCUUCGGAAACCGAUAUAUUCGUUGUUGGGACGCCUCUGUUACUGAUAUAAAUUCGACAAAAAAAUUGAAGUUACAGAAAUAUGUUGUGGAUAUCAUACCAAGCAAAGGCGAACCAAUAAUUCUUUAUAGUGAUGGCUAUUGGGAUAGACUUUCAGAAGCUCUUUCAUUACUAAGAGGAUCACAUCCUUUUCCCGAUUCGUCAGAAACCGCACAUCAAAAAUGUGGUAACAUUAAGGACGCAAAUACAAAUUUUUGUAUUGAUGGAGAACAAGUUCUAACCUAUUUUGUACCAUCUGGAGACAAUAAUGAAAUAGAACUUGUAAUUAUGCCAUUAAAAGUUGGUGGAAAAAGAAAGAGUUUAAAAAUUGGGCGAAAGGACAUUACAGCCAGUUUAUCAGGUUAUGCUAUAGUUGAAGGAGAGAAUAAUUGUGUAUUAUUAACAAUUUGGUCAGAUCGCAGACUAUUUCUACUUAACCUAGAUGAAUGCAAGGAAUCGGAACAUUCUCCGGGCAAUUUCGUAGCCGUUAUUUCAACACUUAACGUUGAUUCUCCACUAUCGAUUUUAGGAAUAGCUAAGAAUUGCGUAGCAAUUUAUGGUGCAAAUAAUAAUCAAGAAGGCGCGUCGUUGUUAUUAUAUAAUACACAGUUUAAAGUAGUCAAAGCACAACAGUAUUUUAAAGUGUUCUUCGAUUCUUCGCGCAUUUGGAUAAUUGACGACAAUAUUCUGUUAGCUAUGGGUCAAAAUUUAUCUGUGGUAACAUACCGCAUGCCCCAAGAACUUUUGGUUGAUUUACUUGGAACUUAUCAUUGUGAAAACCCCAUUCGAAUUGAAGGUGAUCUUAUAAAUGAGGAGGAUUAUCUUCAAUCUAUCUGCUCAUAUAAAGAAAAUGUAUCCACUGUGAAUACAAGUAACUAUGAGUCCCUUACGAAUAUUCAAGAUUAUAGAAAUCAUCUUCCAAUAUCCCAUGAGACUUCAUACAAGUGCUAUGAUUUAAGAGAAAAAAGUAAGCCGUUUAUAAAAGUUGAUCAAGGGAAAUGCUUUCUAAAUAAUACAAUUACUGUGCAGGAAUCGAAAUUGGAAACAGAUCUAAUCAACAGAACACUAUUUGAGUUUUUUAUUCAUCAAUUAGAAAAUUAUGGAACUACUAAAGAAGAAGUUUCAGAAAAACUUCUAUUUUUGUUGGAAAAAUGCGGGGCGUCUUCUAAAAUGACGAGUUUAUUAAGUCGAUUGUCAAGUGCGCCUUUAUCUGUAUUUGCUAAGGUUUUUUUCUCUAUUCUUAUGAAAAGGAGUUCCAACUCUACAUACGAAAGUUUAACUGCAGCCAUGUUAAAAGCGUGUUGUCUUGAAACCGGCAUUCAACCAUUACAAGCUGCAAAAAUUAAUAAUUUUAGAAGUGAUUUGAGUUCAUUUGAUUUAAUAUUUCUGCUUGAUUACUUUUAUAAUCAACUUAGCCAACUAUCAAAGUCAUCUUCCGAAAUCUGCAAUAUGAAAUUAGAAAUGAGAAUAUUUUAUUGGUUUGAUAUUUUGCUAAAUGCAUAUUUUCAGCAGCUGUUAUUGUCAAAGGAUAAUAAAGUUUUUGAAUUACUUUUAAAGUGGGCGGAUUUAAUUUCUUCAUACCGAAAUCAAAUAAAAACGCUGGAAGACUUAGCAACACGCCUUUAUAACAUUGUCCAAAAAGAAGACUUUGUAGAAAAUUCAAACUCCUUUCUGUGGUACAGCAUUGAAGAUUUAUAUUUUUGAAAUAAUUACCGAUUUAAAGAAAUGUUUUAAAUUUCUUUAAUGUAUGUUAAAUUGCGUAAUAAGACCAACUAUUCAGCUAAUUAUAUUUUACAACAAGAGUUUACUAUCGUCUUUUCGUUAUUUAUUUUAAAAAAAAUCGUCAACGGUAAAAAUAAUAAAAUAUACUGAAUCUUUAUACUGUUAGCUUUGUAUUAAGAUAAUUGUAUAAGUCAAACUGCUUUGGAAAUAAACAAAUUUGUAGUAAUUUUGUACUAGUAAAUGUUACAUUAAUUAAUUAACAAUAAAGAAGUUGUGCGAUAAAUUUGGUGGGCAGAUUUUCAGUUAAUAACGGUAAAGGAUGCAGAAUGUACCAAACUUUGAAAGAAAGGCAGAAUUAGUGGCACUUUCAGCAUUUGUGAAAUAGGAUGCCAUAGUUAAGCAAAUAUGUACAUAUGUACAUAUAUUGGAGAAGAAAAUUGUGCUGGGACAUUAAAAAAGGGUUCAACGAUACAAUUCAAGACUUAACGAUUUAAUUAAAGAUGUCAGAUUUCUACGCUACUGGAAUUGUCACGGCCAAGGGCGGUUAUUUCGGCGAUCUAACCCUGUUUGGAUCGCUGAGUUUUGGGUUAAGUUUGUUAUCAUUGGAACAACCCCUAGCAGCAGGGCUGGGAUGUAGACCAACCCGGAUCUAGAUUUUUCCUGCUGCGUUUGCCCUAGAAGACUCCAUCUACCUCGGUUUGGUACAAAUCAUGCAAUGGAUAGAGCCACUUUAAAGCCAAUCGGGCCUUAAGACAUACCGGGAGUGGGUGGGAAGUUACGUGGGCUCAUACUGCCAACGCAGUACUGUUACAUUAGCCUCUACGGUUGUGCUAUCAGCACCUAAUUCGCCCACUACGCCGACACUCCACCCGAGUGGCCAACAAAGGACCAUUAGGGUCCAUAGAAACUCAAACAGGUAGCAUGACACCCAUUCUGCUCCCAACCUUCAUUCCGACUUAGAAACACUCAGCAACUUCUGCUUCCUCGCACAGUCUGUUCUGUGUAUCAAACCGUCAUACAUCGGUACGUCAUAUCAGUUACGUGCAGUACUUGUACUGGCUGAUGUCAUCCCCCCCGUUACAUGUUGUCCACCUGGAUAUCAUCCGGACAUACAUAGGUGCACUACUUCGUCGUUUUGGGAAAUGGAACUGGCGGAACAGAUAGACAAUUCGACAUUUUGCACAAUGAAUGACGAAGUCCCACCUAAAAUAUGGGCACAUUUAAUAGCAGGCUGGAUAUUAAAAUUGCUAGCGGUGGUCUGAUAAAUAGCAUAAAAAGUUAACCUUUCGCAUGAAACAAUCUGCCCAAUUUAUUUCCAUCGGGAAACCUGCCGACUAUAUUUCUGUGGACAACCAUAAUUUUGUUAACCCUAACAAGGAAACUCGAUCGGCUUCACAGAAUUUACCGAUUGCAGCUUCAUCGCACUCGCCAUUCCUACGGGCGUAAUCGCAGCAGAAUGUGAUCGCAGCUGCUACCGGUUGUUGUUGUUUUAACGGUUUCUCAAUCCCCGUUGGCAUGGUAAGGGUUAUCGGUGUUAUCGUCGACGUCAUCUAACGGGAGGCCCAGGAAACGUGUUGUUUCAACGGGAUCGGACCAGAGGGAAAAGGAUGUUAGAUUAGUGGGGUUUGUAGGGUAUGCACAAAGGUGGCCAGUAUCAUCUGGAGACUCCUUGCGUUCACGGGAAGGGAGUCGAUGAAGAUGUUGAUAGCUCUACUGUGAAUGGCGGUCAGUACCUGUCGGAAGUCAGUUGCGUCCGAAGUCCGAUCGGUGUACUGUAUCACGUCGUCGACGUAGUCAAGGAAAGACCUCUUAAUGCUCCUUGGAGGCGGUUCCGCUCCAAGCAGAUGGUUGCAAGGGUGAUUUCUACGAUAAUUUAGCAGGAACUGCUUGGAGAGAAAUUCCUUAUGCUUCUUAACUGGGAGCAUAAGGGUCUCACUAUGUAGGUGUUCGAUGGGAGACAUUAAGACUUUUCCCCAUGUGCUGCAGGCUAGCGACUUGAGGAUUUUGUGGCAGCUCUAUACCCUGGCGAUAAUCGCGGUCGUAUGGGAAGUAAAGGAGCAAAGUUGCUACCGGUCGCCUCAUUCCGUCUGGAGAAAUUGUAGAACUCCGCUUCAAUUUUCUAAACGCAGUAACUGUUUUAGCACGAAGGUGGCUACACUGCAAAAACCUUUUUCAACGUAAAUGAAACCGUUUUUUUUUGGAAAAAAAAAUGCCUAAAACAAUUUUUAUUGCUAGUGAAAAGAAAACUUUUUAAGGUUUUUGAGCCGCUAAAAAUCGGUUAGUGCAAAUGAAGCUGGAGAUUAUAAAUUGAAACUUCUCUUAGUUUAUCGCUCAGAAAAUCCAAGGCCCUAAAAAAUAAAUCCAAAACGUGUUUGCUUGUCAUUUGGAGGUCUAAUGCGAAAACGUGGGAGAAAACUUUUCACAUUAAAGACUGGUUAAGCUAUCAUUUUAUUUCUAAUGUCAAACGCUACAGCCAAUAAAAGAUGUCCCAUAUAAAGCGAUGCUAUCAUCUUGCAACAUAUGUUUAAUGAAAAUGGUACUAAUUUUACUCUUUUGUUUUCCGUUCCGUAUUUUCGAAAUUUGUAAUACAAAAGGUGUGACGCUGUCAAUCGUUAUCGCCCGAUACACAAUUCGGUAUGUCAAUUUCAAAAUAUUUAAAUAUAUCAUGAAAUGGCACGCGAUCUAUCUAUAACGCUUUAAAUAAUUAUCGCGUAACUGUAUCACAACCAAAAAAAUUGAACGUGUAGGUGGUGCCUUACUCGGAAAAAAGAAGUUGCGAAAUUACAGAAAACAUACAUACUUAUGUUUUGUUUUUUUGUUUUAUAGUGAUAAAGCUACGAAAAAAAAUGUUCGGGA